AUGCUUGAGUCUUGGGCGUUAUGUUUCAGACAUCGGGAAUUUACGUCUGCAUUAAGACAAUGCAGCGAGGGCCUUCCCAAAGCAGUUUGGGUGGGGUUUCUCCAGUCGGCGUUACUCAUAAGGAACAAGAUACACACGACUGACAGUUACAUAUCCAUCCUUGUUCCUGGGGUUAGCUUGCUAGCGUUAGUGGAACCAACAAGAUUCCAGGAGAUCUUUUUCGCCAGUUACAACAGCGCUCUAAGUAGACGAUAUCGACUGCACGGACUUACGGAAGUGUUUGCUAACCUACCUUGUGAGGAAUAA